GUUGUGACGAAAUUAUGUAAAGUCAACCAAAUCAGAUGUUUGCGAGUGUCGUGAAACAUCAACUAUCAAAUACUAGUGCACUUUAAGUGUUGUCUGUCAAGGAGAGGACAUGAGUGUUUAGAGUUAUUACUUUGUGUUGUGGUCCAACUGUAUUUGGAUGCAUGUGUAGUGUGAAAUAUUACACAACUUGCUCUUACUAAAUAGGAAUCGUGAGGUGCAUUGCCCCAGAUGAUAAAUCUAAAAGCCAAGGGCCACUGAAAGAAUGCAGAAUAAGCUACUACUCUUGUCUUUAGGCCAACACAAUGCGAAAAGCUUCAAAGGGCAUAACGUCAUGAACCGGGCUUGUUGAUGAGAGAAGUUUUAUUGAAAAUAGAAGAAGGAACAAGACAGCAUAAGUAACAAAGAUGUCUUCACCUGGGGCAACCAUUCAAGAAUAUUCCAUACGUGUUCCUAAGAAUGUUAAAAAGAAUUUCAAAGUGAUGAGAUUUAACUCGUCAGUGAAUGUAGAUUUCACAAAAUGGUCGCAGGUCAAAAUGGAGAGAGAGAACAACAUGAAAGAAUAUAGAGGGCUAGACGAAGAACAACCAAAAUUUGGUGCUGGCAGUGAAUUUGGACGAGAUGCGAGAGAAGAAGCUCGGCGGAGAAAAUAUGGAAUAAAUACUAAGAAAUACCGUCCUGAAGAUCAGCCGUGGAUUCUGAAGAUUGGUGGUAAAACUGGCAAAAAGUUUAGAGGGACCCGUGAAGGUGGUGUUGCAGAGAAUGCUUCGUAUUAUGUGUUUACUCAUGGUCAGGAUGGUGUAAUUGAAGCAUUCCCAAUUCAAGAAUGGUAUAAUUUUCAACCCACACAGCGGUACAAGGCCUUGUCAGCAGAAGAAGCUGAACUAGAAUUUAGCAGGCGUAACAAACAAGUGAAUUACUUUUCGUUGAUGUUAAGAAAGCGUCUGAGAGGAGAUGAAGAAGCAGAAACUGAGGAAGGAGAAGAAGCAGGGAAAUUAAAAUCUAAAACAAAGGGAAAGAAAGGUGAACUUAAAAUAUCAGAAAUGGAUGACUGGAUAGAUUCUGAUGAUGAGAAAGGGUCUGAAAGUGGCGAAGAAAAAGAAUCAGAUGAGGAAGAAAAAGAGAAAAAGAAAAAAAAAGAAGAUCCAAAGAAAAAGAAAAAGAAAGAUCCUCUAGAUGAAGCAUUUGAGGAAAGUGAUGAUGGUGAUGAAGAAGGCAGGGAAGUUGAUUAUAUAUCAGAUUCAUCAGACAGUGUUUCUGAUCAUGAAGCAAAAGCAAGUAAAGAACUGAAAGGUGUGGCUGAAGAAGAUGCACUUAGAAAACUCCUUUCAUCUGGAGAAGAAGAUGAAGAUGAAGAAGAUAAAGAAAAAGAAGAAGGCAAAGACAGUGAAGGAGAAGAUAAACAGAAGGCUGAAGGUGCAGGAGGUACUAAAGAAGACAAGGAAAAGAAAAGUAAAAAGAAGAAACAUGAAAAGAAAAAGAAGGAUGAUGGAAUUGUUAAUGAUUCAUCAUCUGACAUGAGUUCCGAUAGUUCUGACUCUGAGACUGACAACAAGAAAAAGCAUAGCACUAACAAAUCUCAAAAGGAGCCAAGUAGUGCUGCCAGUUCACGGUCCGUAACACCCACUAAAGAUACGACAGGACCAGAGAGCAAUAAACGGAAGUCAACAAUAGCUAUUGAGCAAAUGAUGAAUAAGAAGGCUCGGUUGGACAAUUUUGCGUCUGCCUCAGUUCCUACAUUGUCUUUGGGCAGUAAUGAUUCUGGUAUUACAGAAGAUGCAGUAAGGCGAUAUUUGAUGAGGAAACCAAUGACGACAACAGAGCUGUUACAGAAAUUUAAGUCCAAAAAGACUGGUUUAACAUCAGAACAGUUGGUCAAUAUCAUGACACAAAUUCUUAAACGUAUUAAUCCUGUAAAACAAACAAUAAAAGGAAAAAUGUAUCUUUCAAUAAAGGCUUAGUGAUUAACAGUGGUAUUGCUGGAAAAUAAGGUGAAUUGUUCACCAUGAAAAGGAAUACAGCAGUGCAGAGGAGUAUGUAUGAAAACAUGUGAGAAAGUUGGCAAACUCUAGGAAAUAAAUAAAAACAGAUUUAUGAGUGAGAGGUGGUAUUUUUUAGAAAAUAUAACUUCAUUGUAAGACAGAUAUAAGAAACAAGAUAAAUUAAAAAUUAUUAUUAUUUUUUUCAGUU